AUGGAUCAAAGUUUACCAGCAUUCAUUGAGCAGUUGGAGUGCGCUGGUGGGGUCAGGGCAGUCUUGGCUUUGGGGGCUUCUGUGCCCCUGGCAUUGGGGCCUGGAUGCAACACUUUUUUAACGGAGCCUAUGGAUUUGGAUGUCCAAGGAGUCCCCCUGAUCCCUCUAAGGUACAAGGGGGCCCCAAUCUAUGACCAGAGAAGCCAGGAGUUCCUGGGUGACUUUGUUUGGGUGGAUACCUCAGGUGCCUUGGCCUAUGCUGAACUGGGAGGAGUAAUUCCCAGAAAUGGAGGAGAGUUUGUGUAUUUCCUGGACAGCAUGAAAGACCUGCACCCAGUUGCAGGUCCCCUUCCAGGGUUCCUCUUCAUCUGGGUUAGUGUCCUCCUGCUGAAACCCUCUUCUCAGGCCAUUCUCAUGCUCACCUUCUCCAAAUAUCUGUUGUAUCCCAUUUGGAAUGACCUGAGAGAUGUAGACUUGAACAACCCUGAGUGCUCUGAUAUAAAUGAGUGGAGCAAUAGGAUUGUGGCUGCUGCAUGCACUGUGCUGGUGGCCUUCAUCAAUUGUUACAAUGUCAAGCUUGCAACAAGGGUGCAGAACUUCUUUACAGCUGCUAAGUUAGCUGCUAUUGCAAUCAUUGUCAUUGGAGGUAUCUACAAAAUUUCCCAGGGCAAUCACGGGAACUUGGCGGCGGAUUUUGACAAGACUGGGGAAGUUGGUCAAAUUGCGAGUGCAUUUUACAGUGGUCUUUGGGCAUAUGAUGGCUGGAAUUUACCAAGGGCCAUCAUGAUUGCUUUGCCAUUGGUGACCAUUUGUUAUAUACUGGUGAACAUUGCCUAUUUGUCAGUUAUGACCGCAUCUGAGAUCAUUGCUAGCCAAGCAGUGGCAGUGACGUUUGGUGAAAGAGUUUUGGGCAAGGCAGCUUUCAUCAUGCCUCUGGCUGUGGCUUUCUCCACAUUUGGUGCUGCAAAUGGAUCUGCCUUCACAAUAAAAUCUGCACAAGGAAUCAAAGGCCCCCGGUGCCUCAAAGAAAAAGAAGUUGUCCCACUUGGGGCAUUUGUGGGGUCGCGUUCACGCGGCAACCCGAGCGUAGCAUCCUUGCUCGGGUAUACCGCACAGCAACUCCAAGACGCCAACCCGGAAGCGGAUAGGGCACCCGGUUUACCGCAUUGCGGUAAACCGGGUCAAGAACAAAGAAAGCCAUUUCUGGCAGCGAUCGCCGGCUCCCGAAGCCUGCGGGGCUUCGGGAGGAAGAAUUAUUAG